CCUGCUUGCCUCACGCCUUGGCAGCCGCCCAGCGAAGCUGCGUGUGAAGCGAUUGCCCCGCGGUGCAGCGGGCGGAGGGUGCUCGCACUGGGUGCUUGUUGAUGGCUGCUGUUUGUACGCUAGGCUCCCCUAAAGAACAGAGAGUGACAAAACUGGGGCAAACAACUGAAAAUGUCAUCCUAUCUGGCUCAGGAGGUUCACCUUGCUAGAAGACAUGAGGAGAUACUGUCUCAGAGAUCAGAGCUGCUACAGCAGAUGGAGACUUAUCUAGGAGACAAAAAGACUAAAAAGACAUGGCAAACUAAAGCAGCUGAUGCAGCUCAUAAAAGGAAUGCAGCACUUUUAAAUGAUAUAGAAGCAGCAGAAAAAAAGCUGCAAGAAAGAGUGUAUUUACUUCCACAUCCUGAUACUGUUAAGUUGGAAACUCUCUAUUGGGCAUCAAUAAAAGAAUCUCUUCCCAAGUGGGAAGAGUUUCUUUUAGGAAGAGCAGAAGUUCCUAUUGGUUUUAAGAAAAUGAAAACUACGAACCAGAACAUAAGCUACCCAGAAGAAGAUUCACAAAAAUAAACACUCUAGUUUCAUUUUGUUUUGUAAUUUAUGGCUUAAGCAGCGAGAUCAUCCAGACCAGGCAACAGAAUGUCAUGCCAUUAAAUUGUAAUGUAAAUAAUUUAAAUGAAAACGAAGUAUAUUGGAUAAUUUGCUUCCACUGUUGCAUUGUGUUCAAGUCUUGAUUUUUAUUCUGUAGUAGAGAAGCAAUCCUCAAAGGGGCUUUUAGGAUCAAAAGUAAGAAACACUGGUGUACAGAAACCCACCAAGGCAAUUGCUUUUUCAGUAUGAGAAGAGUUUUAGGUUAUUUUUAAUCCUCUGUUUCUACAUAUAAGUGUGAUAAGUAAAGACAGAUACAUG